CACCUGUAUUUGAUAUCCAAGGCCAAGAUACUGGAGUGUAACGGGUACGUUUAUUUGGAACCUCUCAAAAUAUUUCCUACGGAUCAGUUUGUUGUAGUGGAAAGGGUUGGCGAGGAAGAUGCAUUGGUAGAAACGGAGGAGCCGACAACCAGCAGCACCGCGUCGAGCCAGACUAACCCAUCCGUUACAACUUUGACGAAUAUGUGUACUACACCUGGCAAUGCGGGUGCAGGAUUCGGUGGGUACGCUUGGUCCUUUAGCGGACCAGGGACAGAGACCCGGGAGAAUGCCCAGAGCGAACUUGCGACGAAUAUCAGUUAUGCCGUUAAUAAUAAUCAGGAUCAAGGAUCCAGUCAAAAGAUACAGGUUGACAUCAAACCGGCAAAGGUUGCAGCUACCACUCACCGUCGUCCAAUGUUUGCGAUGAACGAGAGUUGUCAGCAAACACCCACUACGCAUCAUGGCCAUACAGGGGGAGCGCAUAAUCAAACGACCCAUGGUACUCACGUUCGCGCUAAAAAGCAUCACGAUGUAUUUUCAUUAACAUGUGACAAAGGCGGAUGCAAUUGCGACGCGGCGCAUCCCACACCUCCACCUUCCUUGUUCUCCAACACCUUAGUUUUUACAACAGCCGAUAAGCAUGCCAUGAGCAAGCACUUCAUGACACCGCUUGGACCAAUACAGCUUACGGCAGAAGAGUGCAAUGAAAUUUUAAUGAAGAGAGCAGCCGCUGCGUCUAAUCAAGCCAACGCGGCGAAUAAUGUGGCGACGAGUCAGACGGACAGUACCGCUCAUUUCGGGCAUGUUCUCACCCAUGUCAACACUACGCAAAUCGAGACAAAAGUCAAACAGCAACAGGAUAUGGGAAGUCAGGUCCGUGUGCCCAAGGAACGACCGUAUUCUUGUUCCGAAUGCGGGAAAUCCUUUCUGCUGAAACAUCAUCUUACGACGCACGCGAGAGUACACACUGGAGAACGGCCACACAUUUGCGUUCAUUGCGGCAAGAGUUUUGCGCACAAGCAUUGUCUUCAUACGCAUCUGCUACUGCACAGCGCCGAAAGGCCGUACCAAUGUCGCGAAUGUAAAAAAUCCUUUACAUUGAAGCAUCAUCUUGUAACGCACACUCGCGUACACACUCGGGAACGGCCAUUUGUCUGCCAGGAAUGUGGAAGAGCAUUUCCUCUGAAACGUCACUUAGUGACGCAUAGUAAGUUUCAUUCGGGAGAAAGACCUUAUGUUUGCGAAGAAUGUGGAGAAUCUUUUUCUCAAAAAGAUCAUCUUACUAUGCAUUCACGCUUCCAUGGCAGCCUACAUCCAUUUGUUUGCCAUGAUUGCGGUGCGACUUUCCAGAGGAAGUUUGAGUUGGUUAAUCAUGGUCGGCUGCAUGGCAGAGUUCCACACUCGUGUACUGCUUGUGGAAAAGAAUUUCUGCAGAAGAGAACACUUUUAGCUCAUAUGCGCUUACAUACAGGUGAAACACCCUAUGCUUGCACUGUUUGCGGAGAAGCAUUUCCUCGGAAGGCAGACUUGGUAGCUCAUUCAAAGAUUCAUAAUAACAAUACAAAUACUGAUGAGAAGUCUCUUACAUGCAGGGAAUGUGGAUUGGAUUUUCCAAAUCGAGAAGCUCUAAAUUUACAUCAAAGGUUACAUACUGGUGAUCGAACACUUGUAACGGAUCUUUGUGGACUAGCGGCCGCCUUCCAGCAAACUCCGGCACAUUUCCUUACCCCAAACACUCCAACAACUCAUCAGAUGAACGGACCGAUAGGAACGCCUAGUGUUAGUCAUAUGCACGGCGCAACUCAAACAUCGCCGCCAGUGGGAUCAGGACCAAAACCUAAGCCGCACAUUUGUCCUGAUUGCGGUCGUGGCUUUGCACAGAAGCAUGGUUUGUCGCAACAUCAACGACGUCACACAGACGGCAGCUGUCACAUAAGAUCCCACGUAUGCGACAAAUGCGGCAAAGCUUUCUUCCAAAAGAAUCAUUUGUUACUACAUCAGCGUCAACAUAUGGAUCCGCCACCUAGUAUACUUAGACAGCAACAAAGACAAGCUGCCCAAGCUGCUGCUCAACAAGCGCAGCAGCCACAGCAGCAGCAGCAGCAGCAAGUGCAACAACAACAAGUACAGCAACCGCAGCAGCAGCAGACAAUGACCGUCGAUACAAAAACGAUUCAACUGCAGGCAAUACAGCAGCAAGUACAACAACAGGUACAACAACAGGUACAGCAGCAACAGCAGCAGCAGCAGCAACAACAGCAGCAGCAGCAGCAACAAACGCAGCAGCAGCAGCAAGCAUGUUCCGUGGACGCUAAAGCAAUACAGUUGAAUGUCACCAUGUGAGACGGUAUAAAGACGAAGGACUGGAAAGUCCUUGAAACAAUAGCACUCCCAAAUGCGCACCCCGCUGCCACCCUCUGCACGCACUUCUCUUGUACUAACAAUAUACAUUAGAUAUAUAUUUAUUAUCUCUAGAUCCAAAUACGGAAUAAUCGAUUUUAUUACAAGAGUAUGUAAGAAUAUACAAAAUAUACAUACUAUAUUCUAAUUAAUAUAAGGCUUGUAACAAGAAAAUAAAAAUAACCACAUGUUAGUGUUUUACAUAUACUUUAUAAAUAUACAAAUAUAAAAAUAAAUAUAUAUAUAAAUAUAUAAAUAUAUACUCUAGAUAUGUAAAAUGAGACUAAACAAAUUAGUUGCCUUAACGAGAAGAAGAAUUUUAAUGAAUAUAUUAACAUAUUAUUUGGUGAUUUUUUCAUUUACUUUUAUUUAGUAGGACGUCACUUUAUAAGAAAGUAUAUAUUAAAUAAAUCAAGAUAUAAAGGAAAAAAAAUAAGUUCGCCGUGUAUCGCUGCUUUGUUGUUUAUCCUUCUCAAUGUAUUUGUACGAUGAUAAUUGAGACGAGGUAAUUUGUGUAUGAACAGAAGGAUUAGAGAGUGGAAGAUUCUGUAAACGAUUUCGGCGAAGAGAAAGAGGGUGGCAGACAUUGCGCAUUUAUGAAGCAUUUUUAAAGCUUAGAUUUAUCCAAGAUAGCAUUUUAGUCCCGCGCAAUUUAUAUUUUUACGUUAAAGGAUACGAGCACACAAACUGCUUGUUAAAUUUUAGAAAUACGUAAGAAUCCCGGUUUUAUAAAAUCCAAAUAUCAAUAAAUGGAUGUAAAUGUUUUUCGUGAGAAAUUAACGCGAUUCUCGUAUCGGCGACAUAUACGAUGUAUACAUUAUAAACAUGAGACUAAUACAUAUAUUAGUUUUACAUCAAUCAUGGACGGUAUGUUUAAGAAGAUAUCGCAAAAAUUAUAUAUAUAUAUAUAAAUUACAAAGAUUGGUCCAUGUAUUCUAAUGUACAUGUAGAAAUCUCUGUAACGCGCACUUCAUGUUUAGAAUCGUGGGAAUUACUAGCCGCAUUUUUAAUUAUCUUCUUUGAUUAAAAUAUUUCUUCACCAUUUCUUCUUCGCGAUAAAAAAGUACGCGUCGUAUUUCGAUACAGAUACAUGAGAUUGCUUAGUGGGCUCUUUUAGUAAAAUGCAAAUUUAAUUUCUUUGUCAGCAAAUAUAUAUUAACUGAUAGAUUAGUUAGAAAAUCGGAAGAAAUACGAAUAAAGGUUUCCUACAUAGUUUUAAAAUACGUAUCUAUCUUUUUUCUGAAGCAACAUAGAGUACUGCUGAUAUACCGAUAUUCGUUUAUGUGAAGAAACUACGAAGUUUUUAAAGUGCGAGUCUUAUCUAUCCGUGCCAAUUUUUCUAUCAUUGUCAAUUUUUUUAUCAUUAUAUUCUAUUAUACAGCGACAUUCAAAAAUUACAAACAUUAAUCAAUAUUUUAUAUAUUUUUUCUUUUUUGGUUAAGACGAUAAACUUUUAAGUUGCCUUCUGCAUUUUCUACUUUUUUGGUUACAAACUUAUUAAACAAUUCGAGAAGUUCCAGAAUACUGUGGACAUCACAUCGGUAUGUAAGUAAAGUAAGUACAUAUCGCGCAAUAAUAUGAUGGAGGUAUAUUAGAUUGAUUAAAAAGUUUGUGCGUUUUUCUUUUAUCAUAUAUUAGUGUAAGAGUAUAAACAACAAUUGCGCAAAAAAUUAUACAAUUUCGUCAUUAAUCUAUUUUUGAGAUCUGAGAUGUGUUUAUACAAAUGUAUAUUAUUUGUCAUGUUUUUUAUACAAAGAGCAUACCAGAAUUGGCGCAAGAGUGAAUAUGUGUCGUUUCUUUUUGAAAUUUGAAAUUGGUUGAUUGAGAAUGUCUCAAGAUCAAAAAGAUUAUAAUUUAUUACAAUCUUUGAGAUCAUCUUUUACAGCAACAUUGAACGUUUCAAUUCCAUAUCCGAUGAUCUCGAGUUAAAAUUUUCGAUUAAAGGCCAUUUUAAAUUGAACAAUGUAUAAUAUUUUGCAUGUUAUUUAUUUGCGUCUCCAAAGUUCAAUUUGCUAAAAUCUUCAUUUUAACUAGAUUAUAGAAUUAUUGAUGUUUCUUCAAUUUAACUAUGAAAAAUCGAUCAUAUUUCCCUAAGAAUAUCACUUAAUGCGCAUCUUUCGUCGAUUCUGGAAUGUAAGAGGAGAUAUAAUGUGCGAACGACAAAACGUGCAUUACCAAAAUAGUAGAACUAAUUGCAGAUUUUGCUAAGCGUUAUUAAAUAAACUCUUAAAAAAAAAAAAAAAAAGCCGUAUG